AUGUCGCCGACCGUUGACUUCCCGAUCUUGAAUUGCUCGCCGAUGCCUUCAGAGAUGCUGUUCCAAGGGUACCUGGACCAGAGCCCAUACCCUGCCUUCAACCCGGAGACCCACGAGGGUUACUGGAGACAGCUGACAGUGCGCACUAGCAGGCUGGCUCACCUCAUGGUCAUGGUGGACUUUCACCCGCAGAGCCUUACACAGGAGACUCUGAAUAAAGUCAAGGAGAAUCUGAGGCAGUUCUUGAGUGAGAGCGAUGGCAAGGAUGUGACAGUCACCAGCUGCUACUUCAGGGCUCACACUGACAAAACUACUUGUUCAGAUGCCCCUUUCGAGCAUUUAUUUGGAGACAAGAGCAUCACAGAAUCUUUGCUCGGGUUGAAGUUUCAAAUUUCACCGAGUGCUUUCUUUCAAGUGAACACUGCCGGUGCAGAGGUAUUGUACCAGACUGUAGCUGACUGGUGUGGUCCCAGCAACUCUACAACGGUCCUCGAUAUCUGCUGUGGGACUGGCACCAUUGGUCUCACGGUUGCCCAAGUGAGUAAGGUGAUAGGUGUAGAGAUGUGUUCCCAGGCUGUUGAGGAUGCCAAGACUAAUGCACAGUUGAACGGUGUAACCAAUGUAGAGUAUCACUGUGCAAAGGCGGAGGAUAUCAUUAAGGAGGUCACAAGGUCGGUCCGCGGUUCUGAUGAGGUUGUUGCUAUAGUUGACCCACCACGUAGCGGACUGCAUUCCAGUGUCAUUGUGUCAAUUAGAAAUUGUAGAAAUAUCAAAAGAUUGGUCUACGUGUCUUGCAAUAUGAAUGGAGCCAUGAAUAAUUUUAUUGACCUUGUCCGUCCCACUUCCAAGAGACUGACUGGGUCCCGGUUUUUGCCUAUUAAAGCAGUUCCUGUAGACUUGUUCCCACUGACCAGUCACUGUGAAUUAGUUGUACUUUUUGAACGGGAGUCGGACAAAUGAUGUUAUUUUUUAACUGCCUUGUACUCUUUUUAUUGUAUUAAUAAAAAAUGAAAAUUAUAAGUAGGGAUGGCAAAAUUAUUCGAAUAUUCGAUUGAAUGGUCAGCAUUCGAAUAAUAAAAAUGAUAUUCGCAUCUUCGCAUGUUUUUCCAAACGUAAUUUCACCAAUAUUUAAUGACCUGCAAACCGCUUACAUAAAUUCAAACGAAAUCACUUGGUAGUAGCAUGUUUGACGUGACGUUAUUCGUGUCAAACUGAUAACGCGGCCCGUAUCAGCGUUGAUUGCGCAAUGCAAUAUACAAGCUCUUAGAAAGGUCCCGACUGUUGUUUGCCAAUGGGGUGCCAAUUAACGGUUUCAAUUGACUGGCGAAUAAUAAUUACGUUUUGUGAUCACAGUAUGUAUAGCCAUUAAAAUGUGUGAAUUACUCAAAUCGCGCAAUGCAAUAUACUUACUAUAAGAAAGGGCCCGAACUGUUGUUUGUCAAUUAGGUACCAAUUGAGGGCUUCAAUUUACUAGCGAAUAGUAAUUUAGUUUUUGUGAUCACAGUUUAAACAGACAUUUAAAUUACUCAAAAGUAACAGAUGAUAUUAAUUAAACAAUCAUCAAGGAAUCAUAAUUCAAAUCUGAAAAUACCACCAGCCCUUUCUGCAGUAUGGAAUGCUUUACACGGCCUGUGGAUAAGAAGACCGCAACGUGUAAUGUGUGUAAACUUAGUUUUACAUAUGCGCGGUCUGCUACAAAUCUGUGUAAUCAUUAAAAAAUAAAAUUCUAUGACACGAUGUUUUCAUUCUAUUUGUGCCCGAUCACAGUAUCGGUCAUAGUAUUAGUCGACAGCGAUACAAUUAUUCGAUAGCAACGUUAAUAAACAGCCUCGUAUUUAGCAAACGGAUAUAACUUACAAACCUAUGGAAAUUAACACAUAACAAGGAAAAAUCAAUCCAGCCGUUUUAUGCGAAUAUUCGAAUAUUCGAUUGAAUGAGUUUGCGAACAUUCGAAUACCAAUAUUGGUAUUCGAUGCCAUCCCUAAUUAUAAGGUAUUUGGUUAUUUUCAUAAAAGUCUGGCAGAAAAUGACAAAUACCCAACACUGAGGUGUAUAGUAAAUGUUUAAGUGUUUUUUGUAAGGGGAUAUGUUACUGAUGACGAAUCCAAGUGAUGGCGGGCUGGUAUCUUUGGGGUUUUCGAGAAAUCCAAGAUGGCGUCCAAGAUGGCCGCCGUUUGCAGCAUUUUUACGUAUAUGUUGAUAUAAUCAUGACUAUCAAUUAUUUUGGAUCUUUUCAGCCUAAAAUAGAAUAAUGUUAUGAUAGUUUAUGUUUUAGAAGUUAAAUAAUCGAAAUUAAAUGCCAGAUUAUAGGCAAGAUGACUGCAAAUAUGGAUGCUUAUGCAAAUAAUUGCAGUUAAAAUUCCAACCCACUGCAUUUAAUCGGAAUUUCAUGCUAUACAAAGUGAACAAGCUGUAUUUUUGAAUGUUAUUUUGUAAAGACUAUUCAAUAUUAUCUUCUUGAUCCCUUUAAUGUUAUAUUUUACCUAUACAUGAAGAGAUUACAGACAAGGAAACUAAGAAACCAUAAUUAACAUACAAAUGUACUGCAUAAUACACUAGGUGCGAACAUCAUGUAUACAUAUUCGUUAAGGACAAAUGAUUUACAUCCAUAAGACUGGACUACGCAAAAAAAUAAUUAUAAUUCUCAAUUAUGCUCCGACUACAUUUAAUAACAGUUUACACAAGUGACUUCCCUUUGAUAAGUGAAGAAUGUUUAAAGAUGAGUUACUUCCCUUGUGGCUUUCACCACUAUUAUCUCAGUCAAAAAACAUGGAUAUAUGGUUCUUCAGCUCAUUCAGCAAAUGUAGUGUAAAAGGAUAUUGGCUAUUGAGCGAUUUUAAUGACCGUAGAAACCACAGAUUCCAUUACAAAAUGGCACAAAAACAGGUUUUGCAACCGAAACUUCUGGCCGAAAAUGGUUGUGUCCGCGAAUAAUGCGAAACAAACUAGAUUUCAAAUACUAGUAACUGAACAAUGCGAAACAAACUGGAUUUCAUAUAACUGAACAAUGCGAAACAAACUCGAUCUACGUUACAUCCGGCAACCUUCAACAUAAAUGCACGAUUAAAAGUUGGGGGAACCGACACAUUUGCACAGUUCUCGGUAGUUAUAAGUGAUAUUUUAGAUAUUGCAGCUGGUUGCGCUUUCCCUAUUCAGCCGCGAAAACUGCACUAUGUUAUCAUUACAAAAGAAUACAUGAAAUAAAUGUACAGUAAUAA